UCGGCGUGUGUGUAAACAGUCGUAGCCGAUAGAAUUAAGAAAUUGUAGUUUUUCAUGAAUCUUUUCACCGCGCCGCGAUCCUCGGAAUACAAUUAAUCCCUGAACAAGCAAAGACGGCAAAGAUGAAGAUCAAAUCCAAGUCUUCGUAUCAUAAAUCUGAGAACACUUACAGGUUUCUCACGUUUGCAGAAAGACUUGCCAAUGUAAACAUCAAUGUAAUCCAUCGCAUCGACAGGACAGGAUCCUAUGCAGAGGAAGUAGAAACAUACUUCUCUGAAGGACUGACAAAAUGGAAAGACCUCAACUUGACCGAGAAUUUCACUACUUUUCUAAAAGAUGUUUCCAACAAGAGCCAGUCUUUCAACAUGCUGGUUUUCCAUCAGGCAGCCAUAGUGGAAAGUCUGAAAACGCACCUCAGUGUGAAGAACAGUCUCGCCUACCAGCCCCUGCUGGACCUGGUGGUGCAGUUGGCCAGAGACCUGCAGACGGACUUCUACCCCCACUUCCCCGACUUCUUCAUCCUGAUCACCUUACUGCUGGACACCAAGGACACAGAGAUCCUGGAGUGGGCGUUCACAUGUCUCUCUUACCUCUACAAGUACCUGUGGAGGCUCAUGGUGAAGGACAUGACUAACAUCUACAGUUUGUACAGCACACUCUUGGCGCACAAGAAAGAGCACAUCCGCAAGUUUGCUGCAGAGAGCUUCUCUUUUCUGAUGAGAAAGGUUCCAGACCUCGAUGCUCUCCUGAGUCUCAUGUUCUCAGAUCUGCAGCAGCACCCGGACAAGGCAGAGGGAGCGGGUCAACUACUCUUUGAGAUGUGCAAAGGAGUUCGAAACAUGUUUCACUCCUGCGCUGCAAAUGCCUUCCCUGUAGCUCUACGUAAACUUGGACCCUCAACUAGCCCUGGGGUCUCUCUGCCAUGGGACACUGUCCGGGACGCCCUGGAUCACUUGGCCCAGGCUGCAGCCAAUCAUGUUGACAAAGAGCACUUCCUGGUUUUGUGGGAGUCCUUACAGGUCACUGUGGUGGAGGUCCUGGGUGUCAUGGAGGCACAAGGGGAGGAGUCAGAUCAGGCAGCAGCAGAGCAGCUGGAGAGGCUGCUGUUCAUUCUCCACACCUUGGUGUCCCACAAGGACGGAGCCAAGAUCACCAAACCUGAAGCGGUCUGUCAGACGGUGCUGCAUCUGAUUCAGAGCUCGUCUCUGUCAGAGUCUUGUUCCCGUCUGCUCCUCCAGAUCACCUCCUCUCUGCUCCUCGGGGAGAACGUUACCCUGCCUAAAGCAAUCAUCCAAGAGACGGUGCAGAAGGUGUUUGGCAGCACGAUUGGACACGAUCUGAUACUUGAAUUCACCAAGGAGAUGUUCACCAUGAAGCAGUUUGAGCAGCUCUUCCUCCCCAGCUUGUUGCGCUUUACUGCUGGGUUGUUCGGCUGCGGUGAUCCCCUGUCCCGCCACUGUGGGCUGGAUGUGCUGGUCAGCCUGAUCCUGGCCAAAGCCCCGCCCCCAACAGACGGCUCCAUGGCCUUUGAAACCUACCCACUGCUCUUCACCGGACAGACGACAGGAGUGUUCAGCAGUAGUCAGACCAACAGUACAGCAUCAGAACAACCUGCAGUGCCAGAGCUGGUGCUGUCGCUGAUCCAGUUUUCUGAGGAGAACAACAAGAGCAUCACUGACCUCUCUCUGCCCUGGGCGGCCCUGGUGCUUCUGCCACACCUCAGGCCUCUUGCUGCAGCUAGCAUUGUGCCUGCUGUGACUGCGUUCUUAAACCAUUUGCUGUGUGAGAUUGAGACGGAGAAACUGACUAAAGCUGGACUGUUUGUAGCCAGACAGGCUCUGAGCUGCCUCCUCACUCUGGACGGCUCCGCCCAGCUUCUCUCACUGCUCACCGUGGACAAGAUCAACUCCAUCCUGCGGAAGUUUCCCACAGACCUGUCCGCCCUGCUGCUGGGUGACCUGUACUACACCUGCCUGUCACUCAGCGGCGUUUCAGAGCACCUCUCCCACAAUGCACUGCUGGAACUCUACCAGAUCCUGCACCCUAACCUCUCCUCCCACAUAUCCAAGAUUCGCCUGCUGACUCUGAGGAUUCUCUCCCAGUUUGAGGCAGAGCUCCCUCCUCUUGCAGAGGGUGAGGAGAAUGUGGAGGUGCAGCCGGUGUUUGCAGUAUGCCUGCAGGCCGAGCUGGUGCCCGCUUCAGUUCAGGACUACAGAGAGAAGCUGCUCCAUCUGCGGAAGCUGAGACAGGACCUGGUGCAGCGCAGUCUGCCACGGGGGCCAGCCGACACCUUCCAGCAGGUACCUCUACGUUACCUUAUUGCAAUGCUGUUUGUCAACUUCAAGCCACUCUGGGACCCAGUUAUUGAACUUCUUGUGAGUCAUGCUAGAGGGAUGGACAACAAAGAGUUCUGGAGGGUUUACUAUGAGCAUCUGGAGAUGGUGGCAGGGAUCGCUGAGAAAGAAUUGCAGGAGAGUGAAGAGGAUGAUGACGAGGAGGAGUCUGGUCUCCAGGGAGAGCCGGGCUGUGAGGUGAUUGAAAGUGGGGACGUAGGGGUGCUGUUCCUCGAGCGGGUGAAAUUGACUUUAAACCCCAAGGAGAGGACCGACUUCCCCAACUUCCGCAGCCUGCUGUGGCGUUCCAUGGCCCAGUUUCCUGACCGGGUGGAACCGCGCAGCCGAGAACUGAGCCCUCUGCUGCUCCGGUUCAUCAGGAAUGAGUUCUUCAUCGCUGACCCGCUGGUGGCCUCUACUCAGGACCUGAGGAAGAGGAAUGAGGCUGCCCCGGAGGAGUCUGGGAUGGAUGAAGAGGAAGAGGAGGAAGAGGAGGAAGGGGGAGGCAAACAGCAGAGGAAGGGACUUCCAAGGAGAGCUGCUGCCAAACAGCUCAUUACCCAUCUGAAGGUAUUUGCCAAAUUCACAAACCCUCGCUCUCUGUACCUGGAGGGCAGCCUCAGUGAGCUUUAUAACCAGUUGCUGUGCCAUCAGGACCAGCAGAUCCAGCGAGUGGCACUGGAAUGUGUUCUGUCAUACAAAGAGCCUAACAUAGUACCAUACAAGGGGAAUCUUGAGAAGCUUCUGGAUGACAAACACUUCAAAGAGGAGAUUGUCCAUUUCAACAUAUCUGAUGAGACAGAGGUGGUUGAUGCUUCACACAGAGCCAGACUCAUCCCACUGCUAAUGAGGAUCUUGUUUGGCCGUCUGCGCAGCAAAGCGGGCAGCAAGUUUCAGGGGAAGGCGUCCGCCACCUCUCGGUCCUCCAUCAUCCUGCGUUUCCUGGCAGGUUGCCAGGCUGAGGAGCUGGGGAUAUUCAUCGACCUGCUGCUGGAGCCCGUCUGCCAUCACAGUGAAGGGUCCUGCCUGGCAGCGGUGCAGAAAGCGAUAGCAGAGACGGAUGCAGCAGCUGUUCUGCCGCUGGGACGACAGCACAGCCUGCUGAACAUCAUCAACGUGGUCAUCCACAAACUGGGCCACCUCAUCCACAUGUACCUGCCCAAGGUGCUGCAGAUCCUGCUGUGUGUCACCGCCUCCGUGUCCACCAUCCUGGACCAACGGGAAAAGUUGCGCGCAGGUUGCAUCAGUCCUCUGAAGAACUUGAGGCGCCUCGGCGUUCUGAGGAUCCAGGACUUCUUCGACGGCUUCGACUCCUACAGCUUCAGUCCAGAUGAGCUGGAUGCUGUCUUCGAGGCGGUAGUCUGGCCUCAGGUGCGUCGACUUCCCACCGAGAGUCCUUACUCUCCCACUCCUCUGCUCAAACUCAUCCAUGGGUGGUGCAAAAAUACCAGGUGCUUCCCUCUCUUGGCCAAGCAGAAGCCCGACCAGCCAGAGUGCGAUGUCCUCCUUAACGUCUUUGCGCUCCUCGCAGCCAAGAACGCUUCCACAGUCACUAUCGCCAUGGUGAUGGACAUAGCUGAGUCGCUAGCAACGGCUGAAGACUUUGUUGCCUCAGAGGCUGAGACAGAGCUGACUGUCAACAGCUAUGUAUUCCCACAGCCAGCAGAGGGCGCUGUAGUCACUGCAGACUCUUUAAGCCAGGGUUCCAGACUGCUGCUGCCUCACAUCACCACCCUGCUGCAGUACCUCAGCGGGGUCGUACGCAACACAGACAGACUCAAGAAGAAGAAGUUCAGGGCACAGGUGGCCAAAGAGCUCAACAUCCUCUCCAAGGUCAGUCGAUUUGUGAGCGACAAGGAGCAGAGCUCGGUGCUCAUCAGUCUGCUGCUUCCCUACCUCCAGAAAGGCAAAAAUCUUCAAGAGACAGAAAUUGACAUCCUGGCCACAGUGCAGAACCUGCUGCGACAGUGUGUACAGCCAUCGGCUUUCCUGCAGCCGCUCAGCAAACUCUUCUCCAUCAUCCACAACAAGCUGCCCAGGCAGGCCCUCACUAACGUCUUCCAGACUCUGUCAGAUCUGGAGCCUUCCCUCGCAUACAUCACAGAUUUAGCAACCAAGCUGAACGCAUUUGACAGUCGACACUUGGAUGAGAUCUACUUUGACGUGCGUCUGACAGCUUUCCAAGACGCGACCAGGCGAGUUAAAGAGAUGAGCACUCUGGACCUGGACUUCAUCAGCACCAUCUUACACAACUGCUUCCACACCUACGAGAUUGGUGACAUGUCAUUGGCAGACAACGCCACCUUGUGUCUGUCUGCAGUGAUCACCCAACUGGCAGCGGUCGGGCCCGGGGAACAGAUCUACAGGGAUGUCGUGCAACACACCAUCCUGGACGCUGUACACAAGGGGCUCCGCAGCAAAACAGACAAUGUGCAGCAUGAAUACACCAAUGUGCUCGCCUGCCUGGUCAAGACCUUCCCCACCAAGAAAGAGUUCAGAGACCUGGUUCAGCUCACCAACUACAAUGACCUGGAGUCCGACUUCUUUGAGCACAUGAAGCACAUCCAGAUUCACCGUCGAGGUCGUGCCCUGAGGAAGCUGGCCAAGCAGCUAACUGAAGGCCAAGUGGUGAUGACCCCGCGUUCCCUCCAGAACUAUAUCAUGCCGUACGCCAUGACCGCCUUGCUGGAUGAAAAGAUGCUGAAGCAUGAGAACAUGAUAUCAGCGUCGGUGGAGGUGGUGGGCGCAGUGUGCCGCAGGCUGACCUGGUCUAAGUACCUCUACUACCUGAAACACUUCAUCCACAUUCUGCAGACGUCACAGACUGAGCAGAAACUGGCUGUCAGUCUACUGAUCACAGUUCUUGAGGCUUUCCACUUCGACCAUCAAACCCUCAGCAGAGAAAUAGAGGCUGCCAAGGCCAGAGAGGCUGGGAGUGUUGCUGACGAUGCAGAUGAUGAGAUCCAGGCUGCAGCAGACGAAUCGGAUGAGAGUGAAGAUGAGGCGAUGGAGGUGGACGGUAAGGCAGCUCCAUCUGACGUUCCCAUGGAAACAGACACCAAGAGUGGGAAAAAGGAUGCCACCUCUAAGGAUGCAGUCGUCACUAAGACCACAGGGCCGAAAUUCACUGUGGCCAGCGGGCUGCCACAGAGCAAAGAGCAGCUGGAGACUCUGAUCAGUGCCAUCCACCAGACUGUCAAUAACAGCGUGCUGCCUCGCCUGCACAAAUGUCUGAAUGCAAAGAUAAAGCGUGAUGAUGAACACAAGGCAGUGAAGUCAAAGGAUGUGAAGGAGGAGGAAGUGGCAAGGAUACCAAUCGCCUUCGCCAUGGUCAAACUGAUGCAGACUCUGCCUCCAAACAUCAUGGAGGCCAACCUGCCUGGGAUCCUCAUCAAGGUCUGUGUGGUGCUGAGGAACCGCUUCCAGGAGGUCCGCGAUGUGGCAAGGGGAACUCUGGUGAAAAUCCUGGAGACUUUAGGCCGGAGGUACCUGCAGUACCUGCUCAAAGAAAUGCAGGGGGUCCUGCAAAAGGGUUACCAGGUCCAUGUCUUAACAUUCACAGUGUACCAGCUGCUGUCAGUCCUCAGACCGACCCUGAAAAGUGGUGACCUGGACUCAUGCAUGAACAUGCUCAUUGAUAUCUUCAACAAUGAGCUGUUCGGGGCUGUGGCUGAGGAGAAGGAGGUGAAGGGGAUCGUCUCUAAGCUGAUGGAGGCCCGACACAGCAAGAGCAUGGACUCGUAUGAGCUGCUGGCUCAGUUCUGCAGCAAGGAGAGCAUCACCAAGUUCAUCCUGCCUCUGAAAGAGAUUCUGGAGACUACAUUCAGUCUGAAGACGUGUAACCGAGUAGCUGCUGUGCUGAGGCGACUGGUCCUGGGUCUGCUUGUCAAUGAGGGCAUGACUUCAAAGGAUAUUCUACUGCUGUGCCACGGCCUGGUCAGCGAGAGUCUGCCGCUGCUCACCAAGAGAGACCGAGAGAGAUCCUCGGUGAAGCCUCCCCCGGACCCUCGACUGCCUCCUCCCAGCUGCCUACUCCUCCCCCCCACUCCGAAGAGAGGGGGUCAGAAAGCCCCGGUCAGCAGCCGAACCAACAUGCACAUCCUGGUUGAUGCUGGCCUCAAGCUGCUCCAUCUGAGUAUGAAAAAAUCCAAAGUGACAUCGUCUGAGGCCUCAGCUUUGGAGAUGCUGGAUCCUUUUGUACUGCUGCUUCUAGACUGUCUCAACUCCAUGCAUGUCAAGGUGACCACAGAGGCUCUUGUGGCAUUCACCUGGUUGUUGAAGUUCCCUCUGCCAGCAGUGGAGCAGAAUGCAGAGCAGCUGACCAAGCAGCUCUUUGUCCUGCUGAAGGAUUACUCUAAGGCUGGAGCUGCCCGCGGGGAGAACUACCAACUGGUUCAAAACUGCUUCAAGGCCAUCACCAUUCUGGUGAAGAAUGUCAAAAGCAAAAACAUUUCAGAGACACAGCUGCAGGUGCUGCUGGGAUACGCUGAGGAGGACAUCUAUGACCAGUCCCGUCAGGCUACAGCCUUCGGCCUGCUGAAGGCGAUUCUGUCAAGGAAACUUGUGGUUCCAGAGAUGGAGGAGGUGUUAAAGAAAGUCGCCAAGCUGUCCGUCACCGGUAGCAACGCCAUGAUCCGAAUCCACUGUCGACAGAUCUAUCUGAAAUACCUGCUGGACUAUCCACUGGGAAAGAGGUUAAGGGGGCACCUGGACUUUGUGGUGGCCCAGCUGAACUACGAGCACGACACAGGCAGGGAGUCUGUGCUGGAGAUGCUAGCCUACAUCUUCCAGACUUUCCCUCAGAAGCUGCUGUUGCAACAUAGCGGCUUAUUCUUUGCACCACUGGCUCUGGUCGUGGUCAAUGAUGAUUCUGCACGCUGUAAGAAAAUGGCCGCCAUGGCCAUCAAGGCCCUGCUUACCCAGCUUGACUUGAACCACCAGAACACCCUGUACUGCCUUGUCAACACCUGGCUUCAUGCAGAAAAGGCCAGCUUGAGGCGUCUCGGAGCGCAGAUCUGUGGCCUGUUCGUGGAGGUUGAAGAGGAGAAGUUUGUCCGUCGCCUUGACGACCUGCUGCCUCUGCUGGAGAGGGAGAUAAACCCCGACAACUUUGAAGAUAUCGAAGAGGAGCAGGAUGAGAAAGGAGCAGACCGGCUGCUGUUCAGUUUUCUGACCCUCCUCAGCAAACUCAACAAACACUGCGGCCUGCUGGAGCUCAGCAAGCCUUUUGACACGUUACAUCGUACCUGGGGUCACAUUGAAGCCCACCUGCGGUACCCUCACUGCUGGGUGUGGCUGACCGCCUCACAGCUCUUUGGUCAGCUGUUUGCAGCCCAUCAGGCGGAGCAGCUGGUCGCUCUCUGGAGAGGGGAGAGUGGAGAUGCUUCACCUCAGCUGCCAGUCACAGUCUUCAUCACCAGCGGCCUGGACAAGAAGAUGAGAGAGAUGGCGUUAUCUUUCUGCCAUCAGCUUCAGUCCAAGUUCCUAGACACGGCAUCAGGAGAGCAGGUGGUCAAGAACUUGCUGUUUGUCGGCAAGGUGAUCUACCUGGUGUCCCCCGAGUCUGAGGUCAUUUCCUCUCAGGAAGAAAUGAAAGAGGAGGAGGAGGAGGGGGAGCAGAAGGAGAACGGCAACGAGGAGGAUGGUGAUGAUGAGGAGAUGGAAGAGAAGGAAAAGAAAGAGGAGGAAGAAGACGAGGAGGACGAUAAGGAUGAUAAACCUCCCUCACUGCUGUGGUUGAUGAGGAAACUGUCACUGAUGGCCAAGAGAGAGGCGGCAUACACUCCCAAAAUUCCACUGAAGAGAACAUGUGUAUUUAAGUUCCUGGGAGCGAUGGCCAUGGACCUGGGGAAGGACAGACUCGGCCCUUAUCUGACCACCAUCAUUACUCCUCUGUACAGGGAGCUGGACAGCACCUACGCGGACCAAGAUCCCACACUGAAGAACCUGGCACAGGAGCUGAUCGAACUCAUGAAGAAGCAAGUGGGCCUGGAGAGAUUCUCUCUGGCCUUUUCUGCUGUCCAGAAGGAGUUCUCACAGAGGAGAGUGGCACGCAAACGGCACAGAGCCAUGCAGGCUGUGGCUAACCCAGACAUCGCAGCCAAGAAAAAACUCAAGAAGCACAAGAACAAAAUUGAAGCGAAGAAGAGAAAGAUCGAGUUCCUCCGGCCCGGGUAUAAAGCCAAGAGGCAGCGGAGCCACGCCCUCAAAGACCUGGCCAUGGUCAAGUGAAACUUAUCAAGGAUGCCAGCAGGAACCAAAGGGUCCCAGCCUCUUCACUCGUGAUCCCACAAGUCUGAC